AUGUCAUGGUUUAAAAAGAAUUCAACAAAGCAAACAGUCGCAAAAGUUAACGAACGUAUUAAAACCAUCGAGAAAAAAGAGGAGUACGACAGACAAAGAAUGGAAAAAGAACUUGCCCUUGCAAAGGCUUGUAUGAAAAAGGGCGAUAAGACGGGCGCUUCACAACACCUCAAGCUCAAAAAGCUCCACGAAAAGCACAUGAACGAAGACAUUCAACUUCGUUCAAAUCUUGAAGGGCAGAUCCUUGAAAUCGAAGGCGCCAAAGUUAAAAUCGACACCGCUAAAUCCAUGGCUGAGAUGAACAAAACCAUGACAAAGAUCAACAAAGAAAUGGACCCGGCCAAGGUCGAAAAAACAAUGGAGUCGCUCAGAGAGAACAACGAAAAAUCACACGAGGUCGGGGAACUGCUUGGUGAAGAUCUUCAAGAUGUCGACCAAGGGGAAUUGGAGGAUGACCUUGCUGAUUUAGAAGAUGAAGUGAAAGAUGAGCAAGACGAUGAACUUGCCCAACUUGAGGAAGAUCUCCCAAAGGCCAAGACCAAAGUCACAAAAGAAAAGGCCAAGAAAGUCAUGAGCAAAGCAGAAGAAGAUGAAUUGGCAGAGUUGAUGUAA